AUGGAGGUAGACUUGCAGGAAGCCCGGCAGCUUUUCGAGACGAACUUUUUUGCCGUGAUAUUGAUGUCUCAAACAUUUCUACCGCUGCUCUUGAAAGCUAAGGGGACAAUUGUGCAAAUCGGAUCAGUAUCUGGGGUGAUGCCAUACGUCUUCGGGUCCGCUUACAAUGCAUCCAAGGCGGCCUUGCAUUCCUUGAGUGACACGAUGCGUAUUGAACUGGCUCCAUUUGGAGUUAAAGUCACCACAGUCAUUACGGGAGGCGUCCAGUCGCGAAUUGCUCGGGAGGAUCGCCAACUGGCGCCAGAUUCUCUUUAUCAUGGCAUUUUGCCAGAGUAUAAUCGCCGGGUUCAACACAGCCAGGAAGGUGCAAUGAGCCGCGAUGGUUACGCGAAGAGCGUGGUUGCGCAGAUACUUCGACACUCCGGUUCGGAAUCAUACAAGAAAUGGAUUUGGAAAGGAAACAAGAGCAAGUUGAUACGGUUCUUCGUUGGGGGAUGGCUUUGGUUUGGUCUCUUUGAUUGGAUCUUCGCGCGCAUGUUCCAUUUGAAGAAGUUGAAGAGGGAUUGA